CUGUUUUAGAGGUAGAAAGCAACCAGUUAAAAGAAAACAUGGCUACCCUAGAGAAGAAGUCAUCAGAAAAUCAGUUAUCAGCUUCAGAAAAACGAGAGGAAGUGCUGGUUCUGUCAGCAGAGGUCACCUCUCUUAAAGAGCAGAUCUGCCGUUACAGUGAAGAUGAAGUACUGAAACGACAGGAGAUGUCUGUCCUAGAGACCAAACACAACGGGGCGCUGGAAAUCCUGACCUCUGUUCUGAACCAGCUGGCUGGCGUGACAACUACAGCUUCACAGAAAGAUGCUGAGCUUCUCUUGCUUCAAAAUGAGCUUCAACAACAAGAAAGCCUUAGAGAAAAGGCUCAGGAGCUUGAGACUGCCAAGCGUGAGGAACUUGAGAGAACAGUGAGUGAACUUCAAGCUAAAAUCCAACAGGUCUCCACUCUUGCCUCUGAGAGAGAUGCUCAAGUAAUUUCUCUUCAAGAGGAGAUGAAAGAUCAAGAGUUGAGGGCCAAACAGUCUGAAGAUGAUCUCCGCAGAGAGCUAGAGGAGAAACAGGACGAUCAGCUGGGCUCUUUAGAUCAAAAGCUGAAGGAGAUGGAAGGGCUUUUCCUUCGAAAGGAGAAAGAUAUCCUUGAUCUGCAUCAGGCAAAGGAGGAUCUGGAGAAGAGGCUUGUUGAUGAACAACAACUGGAGGAGAACCAGCAGAAAUGGGAGAUGGUGAAUGAGGAAAUAGACCACCUGUCAAUUGUUUUUAAUAUUUUGUUCCUUCACAAGCUUCAGCUCGCGCUCAACAGAGUCGGACUCGUUCCUCAGAUUUCUGAUUUCUUCAUCUUUUAG